CAUGCGCAGAGACUAUCCGCUUUGCAACGGGCGUGACUUGACGACAUCCAAUGGGCGGGGUCCCUCUGGGCAAAUGCCGGAUGACGUCACAAGAUGGCGCCAGGUGGGGAGGGGGAAGGCAGAACUGGGAGGGACCACUGUGCGGGUGUGGUCUUUGUGCCCCCCGAACAGAUGGAUCAUCGGCCCCUGUUCCAGGCUGUGGACACCCUCUGUGAUGAAAACAUAAGCCACUUUGGAGGGUCUGCUUCUGAAGUGGGCUCCCGCUUGGUGCAAGCAUUCUCCCGAAUUCAAGAGCAAACCAGAGGGAUAGAACCAGCAUUACGUGCCCUAACUGCUGUAUGCCCCCUCUUUGACUUGGACCCUUACACUCCAGCAAAUGGGUACCGCAGCCUGAUGAAGGUGGUGCUCUCCUGUACCCAACACAUUCUGCACAAGUGCCAAUAUGUGACAGACAACCGGCUUAGCCUCUUCUUCCGUGCUGCACACAACUGUUCCGAGCUAGAGGCCUAUGGCUCUGCACUCAUACAGCUCCGUGCUCUGCUCUGCUUUGCACAGCGCCUGCUUACAUCCAACCAGCAUGGAGACCUUUUCUUUUGGCAGGAACGGGGCUUAUCUGAAGAGUUCCUAAAAGAGUAUAGCACCAUGCACAAGGGCUGCUUCUAUGGCCGAUGCUUAGGAUUCCAGUUCACGCCUUCGAUUCGCCCCUUCCUUCAGACCAUCUCCAUUGGACUGGUGUCUUUCGGGGAAAAUUACAAGCGCCAUGAAUCAGGGAUCAAUGAGGGAGCUAUUGGGACUUACUAUGGUGUGGCUGCCAGCUCUUUCUUUAUAAGUGGGAGAUAUGCAAUUGACCCAGAGCUUCGAGGAGCAGAAUUUGAAAGAAUUACUCAGAAUUUGGACGUGAACUUCUGGAAGUCCUUCUGGAAUAUCACUGAGAUGGAAGUGCUUACAUCCAUAGUUGGCAUUGCAUCAACCAACGUGCGUAUCAACAAAUGUUUGUCUGUGCCCCCCGAACCACUGGACAUGCCUCUAUCAUCUGAUCCCCAAUUUACAGUCACCAUUAAUCCCCCUGUGGCUCACUCUGGCCCCGGGCCUGUACAUAUGCGCUUAAUUUCCUACCAGCUGCGGGAAGGGCAGGAGAGCGAGCAGCUUAGUGCUUUUAUAAAACCUGAGGGUCCUUUAAGCUUGGACCUACGUCUUCGAUCCCGUCCAGCUCCCCUGUCUCCUGACCUCAUCAUUCACUUCCACGGUGGAGGUUUUGUGGCUCAGACUUCCAAGUCCCAUGAACCCUACCUAAGAACCUGGGCCCAAGAGUUGGAAGCCCCAAUUCUGUCUGUCGAUUACUCUCUGGCACCUGAGGCUCCCUUCCCACGGGCAUUGGAGGAAUGUUUCUAUGCAUAUUGCUGGGCACUGAAGAAUUGCCGACUUCUAGGUUCCACAGCAGAACGUGUCUGCUUAGCUGGUGAUAGUGCUGGUGGUAAUCUGUGUAUCACUGUGUCACUUCGUGCUGCCUCUGUUGGUAUCAGAAUGCCCGAUGGGAUCAUGGCUGCCUACCCUGCAACGCUGCUGCAAGCAACUGCCUCACCUUCCCGCCUGUUGACCCUAAUGGACCCCCUACUUCCUCUCAGCGUGCUGUCCAAAUGUCUCAGCGCUUAUGCAGGCACCGAGCGAGUCCCAAUUGAUGAUCGUUCUCUUGAAAAGCAGAGUGCCCUCAGUCAAGUAAAGAGAGGGACUGCUUUAUUUUUGAGAGAUAUUCGUCAUGGAGCCACAUCCUGGUUGAGUUCAUUUGUGGAGGGGAGAAAAGAGAAGGGGAACCUAGAAUCCAUGAGAACAAGUGUCUCGGAGGCAGCCCUAACGGGAGAGAGUGCGUCUCACGGCAGGGGUUCUUUAAAAAGCAGGACCUGCCAGGAUUUAAGAAGGCAUCAGUAUGUUGAGCAGGAUGAAAAUUUGAACCAACAUCUAGCACACAAAGCCCACAAACAGAGCACAGCUAAAGGAAUACAGAACGGUUGUGGCCCUUGUGGAAAAGUCCAGUGGCCAUUUUCUACCUUGCCAGUGCAACCAGGUCAGGAUGGCACAGAGCAGCUCUCUCCUCUCAGCCCCCAAAUGCAGGGAGGGAGCUUCUUUCUGUCAGAGAGUGAAAGUGACAGUGACACAUCUGGGCAAUUCUUAAAGGGUGAAAGCCCUAUACAUUUGAAAGAGAACAUCCCUCCAUUUCACUGCAAUGAGGACAAUACAUCCUUACUCCUGCUCGGAUUCCCAGAAGGUUUCCAGCCUCUGCGCUCUCAGAAUGGUGUUGCUAACAUGACUCUACAGACUUCAGCAAUUGUACACAACCCAUACAUGUCUCCCCUGCUGGCUCCUGACAAUAUGCUGCAAGGCUUACCCCCUGUUCAUAUAGUGGCCUGUGCUCUGGACCCAAUGUUAGAUGAUUCGGUCAUGUUUGCCAAGCGUCUGCGAGCACUAAAUCGCCCAGUCACACUGCAGGUAGUGGAGAACCUGCCUCAUGGAUUCCUUAGUUUAUCUCAGCUGUCCAGAGAGACUCGGGAAGCCACUGCAGUGUGCGUUCAAUGCAUCGAUCAGAUCCUGCACAACAAGGCACCACCUCCACCAACCACUGAGCCCCGAAAGCACAGAAAGCUUGCACGGACCCUGGGGAAGAACUUGGUGACUGAGAGAGAGAUUGGAGCUUAAGAACCUUGUGUUUGUUUUAAUGUAGUCCAAUAAGAAAUAGAGCACUCCUCUUUAACACAUGACCUCAAUGAGUAGUCCAAGUGUUACUUCUACUGUACAUGUUACAAGUAAAAA